GUGAAGCCAAACUUUCGGUGUGCAGAUGAAACAGCUGCGAUUGAGAAACACAGACUGGAAAGAGUUUUUUUUUCUGGGGGCCAAUAACGACGAGUCUGCUGUUUUAACAGCAAAGGUUAAAAAUUACACAUCUCUGAAAAUUUAAGCAAUUCUAAUUUUUUUUAAUGCUCAGCCACAGUUUUAUUUUUUUUGUCUAUUUUUUUUCUCUUCCCUCCCGGUUAGCUACCGAGAGCUUUUGCGUCCUUCGGCAGAGAUGUAUCACCUGAACCGAAAUAAUGAGUUGAUUACAUAGUAAAACUUUGCUACUGUGUGCACCGGGGCUGACAUAUCGGUGUUUUCUUUAAUCGACAUCGUGGAUGUUUCUGAAGACACGGAAGCAAGGAUGCCAACGCAGAAACGAAAGUCCGUCUCCCUGGAACCUCAAGCCAAGAAAAGCAAAGUGGAGCAGAGGGCCAAGAGAAACGCACAGGGCUCGGUGCCGUCAGCCAGGCCCCUGAGGGGGGCUUCAGGCCAUCCUCGAGCCAAGAGCAGGCCACUGGCAGCGGGGGGUCGCAGGGAGCCCCUCUGCCGGCCCUCCAGGGGUACGGGCUCCCAGAAGGCAGCUGCCGGGGGCAAGCAGAAGCCCGUCCGAGUGACGGGCGCGGAGAGGCCAAGCUCGAGGGCUCGCCUGAACGCUGCGCCCCGGGUCCCCAGCUCCCCAGAGAGAAAGGAGGCUGCGGCUCCAAGGGCAGCGUCAGCCGGGCGUGUGCGGAGGGCUGGCCGGCCCCAGCCGGUCCACAGCGCACACAGCUCGGUGAAACGAGCACGGGACAUCCUUCUUCAGAAGUCGAGAGGCCAGGCGGCAGCUUCGAGACCAGGAGGCGGGAGCGCGAUGAAGGAAAGGGACGUGUCCUCGUCACGCGCCAGGGCUGGGAAGGCACAGGCUGCACCGCGGGGAAGGAGCACAAGAGCCAGUCCCUCGCUGAGGAAGGAUGGGAACCUAAGGGGAUCCUUGAGGUCAAGGGUCAGAGAGCAGCCAAAGAUGACCCUGCGCAACAAAGAGCAAAAAGGGGGUCCCUCACACGGGAGGCCAGCGGGGGAGAGAAGCGGGCUGGACGCGGACCCUGCGGCUGACCUAAAGAAAAAGAAAGACUGUGCCGCGCCCAAAGGAAAGUCCAGAGGAGCUGAUUGUCGUGGAGCCGGGAGCAGGGGCUGCGAUCUGCCGGCGCCCCACCGCUCGGAAGCGCGGGGGGAGAAGAAGGGGGGCGUGGCCAGGGAGCAGGGCGCCGCGGAGGCCGGCAAGACCGAUGGCGGGACCAGAUGUCCAGAGGAGCACUCGGCACUGCCUCAGAACUCCCCGGGACAGACCUGCAGAACCCCGCCGGGCGUGCCUGGAGAAGUGUCCCCCGGCAGGAAGGAGAAGUCGAACCAGGCAUGCGUGGGAAAAGCCUCUCCUCCUCUGGUCGCACUUUUGAAAGUCAUCAAGGAGUCAAAUCUUUACAAGACCCCCCCAGUGGCUAAAAGUGACUUGUGCAUUGUGGCCGACACACAGGGAAUAAACAAAUGCUGUAGUUCCGUAAAAACCGACUCUGAACCUCUGGAGAAGUGCAAGAGGGACACGGACGGACCUGCAGAGUUUGGGUGCCAGCAAGGUGAAGCAGGCCAGAAACCAGUGGGAGGCGAGGCAAGAACAAAGAUGGCUUCCGACACUGCGGAAACCCAGACUGUCAAGGAAGAGAGUCUUCUCGUUCCUGAGCUGCCCGAAGACAGCAGUGACGUUAGAAGUGAGGACAAAGACGGCAGCGCUCCAGACCGGCCGAAAGGCGAGGGGAAAUCGGAUGCGGAUCCUAAGCCUUUGCAGUCUCGGGAAGUCCGUACCUGCGGUGGAGCUGGUUUGCACAAUGCAGGGAAGAAAGGCCACGGAAAGCUGAGAAGCAGCCCUGCUCCUCCACGAAAGCAAGAGAUGAACCCUCAGGCCAGGACCAAGGCACGGCUGGCCGCCCAGGCUGAAGAGCAGGCCGCAGCCUCGAAGAAGGCCGCCAGGCAGCUGAACCUGCUGGCCCUGUGUGAGGAGAUCGCUGAAGACAUUGCCUCGGACACGGUGGAGGUCCGGAGGGAGGAAGAGGCCCCGGUGGCGGUGCCGGGUGGCGCGGAGGCCUGCCCCGCUGGCGAGGGUGCUGCCCCCGGGGUGGCCUGCCCGUCCUCCCCUGGCGCGCCGCAGCCGGAGCCCAAGAGGCGCUUCUUCUUGAGCCAGGUCCCGGUGCCGCUGAAGAACGCCGAGAGGAGGAAGCCGUCCCGCUUCCAGAAGCUGAGGCAGGCCGAGCUCAAGCGCGAGCAGCUCAGCUGGACCCGCGUCAAGAAGCUGAAAACGGAGCAGGCGGCUCAGAGGAGCCAUCCGGACGGCGGUCCGGCCCAGGACCCGUCCCCCGCCGCUGCUGCCUCGGCCCCCUCCCAGCCCGCCACAGCCACACCGGAGCAGUCGCACGCUGCGGACCGGAAGCCGAAGGCUGCCUUCAUGGCGCCGCUGUGCAACGGUGCUGCCAGCAGCCGCCUGAAGCCUGUGGGACCCGCGUUGUGCCAGCCUCGCGCCCGGUACUCCGCUGACGACUUUGAGCUGGACGGGGUGGAGGAGGAGGAGGAGUCUCGCAGAGCAGCUGGCACUGUCGCCCUGCAGAAAGAAGACCCUUCGCUCGGCCUUCAAGACAUCAGAGCUGAGGCAUCAGCGCCCGCCGUGGACUCCAGACCAGCCGGCUCUCCGGGCACCGGGGAGCUGCCUCCGGUGAUACUAGAGAAGCUGCAAAACAGCCAGGAAACAGCUGGGACAGAGCUUAAACUUCCGGGGCUAAACAGCCUCUUCAACAAGAGUUCUUCAGGAGAAAACUCAAACAAGGCCCUGCUGAGCAGCCAGUCCUCUGCUCCGGGGGGCGAGAGCCCCUUGUCAGACGCCAGGCUGCACAAGGAGAUCCAGAGGUUAAAGGAAGCGGAGAAAGACGGUCCUCAGCAAACCAUCAUCGACGCGGGCCAGAAGCGCUUCGGGGCCGUCACCUGCAGCGUGUGCGGGAUGCUGUACUCCGCCGCCAACCCUGAGGACGAGACCCAGCACCUGCUCUUCCACAACCAGUUCAUCAGCGCCGUCCGAUACGUGGGGUGGAAAAAGGAGAGGAUUCUCAAUGAAUAUCCAGAUGGCAAAAUUAUCCUGGUUCUGCCGGAUGACCCUAAAUACGCCCUGAAAAAGGUCGAAGAGAUUCGAGAAAUGGUGGAUAAUGACCUGGGUUUCCAGCAAGUGGAGACCAAGUGCCCCUCCCAGACCAAGACCUUCCUCUUCAUCUCUAAUGACAAGAAAGUAGCUGGCUGUCUCAUCGCCGAGCACAUCCAGGAGGGCUUCCGGGUGAUCGAGGAGCAGGCGCCCGAGGGCUCGGAGGGCGAGAAGGUGAUGUUCGAGCGGCAGAGGGCCUGGUGCUGCUCCACCACCCCCGAGCCCGCCGUCUGUGGCAUCAGCCGCAUCUGGGUCUUCAGCAUGAUGAGGAGGAAGGGCAUCGCCUCCAGGAUGAUCGACUGCCUGAGGAGCACCUUUAUCUACGGGUCUUACCUGAGCAAAGAAGAAAUCGCCUUCUCGGACCCCACUCCUGACGGGAAGCUCUUUGCCACGCGUUACUUCGGGACUUCGCAGUUCCUGGUGUACAACUUCGUCAGCGGGAGCCGGUCUCCGCUGCCUAGGGCCACAGCUGACGUCUGAGGUGCAGCCGUGUCUGGAGCCUUCCAGAGACGGCGCGGAGGCAUCGCCGGGGAUGUUUUCUACUGGCAUCACGGCUUAUGUGCUGUGACAAGUAGCCACCAGGACGCAACUCGGAGGGCAUUCUUGCAGAAGAUGAACUUUCUAGUUCAUUCAUUGGUUUGCAAAGUCAAUAAAAUUGAGCUUUGCCUCA